AUGUCUCUUUCCGUUUCUCUCUCAAGAACCACCGACCAUCCCAAUUUGCCCCAUUCGUUCCAAAAGGAAUGGGACCCUUUCUUUUCAUAUACAUCUGGGCGCUGGCUAUGGAACGAAGAAGCCCAGCUUCUUAAGCGGUACCAACCCUUCAAUGUCGAGGAAUUGAAGGAAAUAGCGGCCAGAUCAGUUGAUGCGAAAACCUGCGUCAAAAUAACAAAAUUACCGGAAGGCUCAUACAACAAGGCCUUUCUAUUGACAAUGGAUAAUGAUGUCCAGGUCAUUGCAAAAAUCCCAAACCCUUACAUUCCUCAAGAGUUCGCCACAGCCAAUGAAGUUGCAACGCUUGACUUUCUUCUUAACGAGCUUGGUAUACCUGUCCCGCGAGUUUUUGCGUGGAGCAGUAAGAAAGACCAGCCUGUUGGAGUGGAAUAUAUCAUCAUGGAAAAAGCCCCUGGGAACGAGUUGAGCAAAAGUUGGGGUACUAUGGAUAUUUCGGAUAAAGUGGACAUUGUGUCUCAGUUGGCCAAAAUUCUAGCCAAAAUAGCUGCUGUCGACUUCGGUCAUUAUGGAAGCUUGUUCUACAGAGACGAUAUUGAGAAUGGUAUCAAUGUCCCUGGGAUUGCUGAUCGGUUUUGCAUCGGACCCACUUCUGAUUUCCGAUUUUGGGAAGAGGAGAGGAAGUUCAUGAACGCGUAUAGGGGUCCUUGGUCGUCAUUCAGGUCGUACGCAAUAGAUAUCGCCAGGCGAGAGAAGGAAUGGAUCAGUCAAUAUGCAAAUCCUCGUCCCCCCGCAGACCCCUUGAGACAGUCCGAUAGCCAAGAGUCUCCUGAUUCCCACAUUAAAAUCCUCGAAAAAUAUCUAGAAGUUAUACCUCAUUUGAUACCAUCACACCCGGGUCUAAAUCGCUCUGUACUUUGGCACCCUGAUUUACACUUUGGUAAUAUAUUUGUGAAAGAAAACCGGGUUGUCAGCGUCAUUGAUUGGCAAGGCUGUUCAUGUCUUCCGGUUUUUCACACAUGCAGGAUACCAAAGUUCCUGAAAAUUCACGGCCCAUUCCUUUUCGACCUCCCCCCGGCCGCGGGCCUCACGCCACAAGAAAAAGAGGACAAUUUACAGAGAUAUCAGCUUACACAACUUCAGAGGCUUUAUAUUUCCAAAUUCCGUGAAAUCGACAAUGACGUCUUUUCUGCUCUUUCAUUUCCCCAAGCCUUAACUCGACAACAGCUGAUUGAUUUUUCAGGGUACACAUGGGAUGAUGAUGGACUGUUUCCUUUCCGAGAGAUGAUGGUUCGAACACGACGUGAAUGGAUGGAAUUAACGGGUCAGCCACAGUCCUUAUGUCCUGUGACAUUUACCGCUGAUGAGCUUGCGUCUCAUGUUGCCGAAGCGAAGAACUGGGAAGAUCGCAAAGACCUCUUCGAUGCUCUUGGAGUGCCCCUUGAUGGCUGGGUACAUCUUGAAGACUUUGAGGCGAAGGUGGAGGCAAUGCGGAAUCUGGUGAGUUCAGUCAUAGACUUAGCGGAUGACAAGGAGGCUGUUAAGCACGCACUAAGAGCUUGGAAACUGUCGGAAUCAGGACCGGCUAGCCUAUCCCCUUAUAUCCAUUCACUUAAUGCUAACACCAAAAAUAUCCACCUAUAA